GACCAAUCAAACGUCGCGAUUCAAGGCGAGCUUCAAUGGGCAGCAUCGAGGUGGCGAUCGCGGCCGCCGGGCCGGCAGCCCUGGCCUUGGAGUCCAGCGCAGUGGACACGCGCAGCCUUCUCUAUGUCCAAGGCGAUGUCUUUGCCGCGUUCACGCACCAGAUCACAAAGCCCACGCUGGCGGUCCUGCGCUUCGCCACGAACGAGCCGCGAGCGGUGGCCCAGAUCCGCCACGUCCGCGAGCUUCCGGCACACGACCUUGGGGCCGCGUUAGCCGCCAUCAACGUUGAGAAUCUUGCAUCAGUUGCGAUACCGUCAUUGGGGCUCUUGACAGCGCUCGGCGAAGCGGCGGCGACGACGCUACACCUCGAGCAGCUCGACAACAACCUCAUACCAGCCACCCUCCGCCUGCACCUGACGAUGAACAUGGCGCCCACUGCCUAUACGCGCAAGAUCCUUCUGGCCAUGGAGCAAUUGGCGCCGAAGCUGCUCAUGGGAACGCUCGUCUGGCCCGGUCGGCGGAUACCGUUGCGAUGGCGCAAUGACCUCGACAUCGCAGUUGUCGCUUCUGUUGACGCAGACGACGACAGCAGCUUUGCGAGCUGUGUCACGGCAACCACGACUGUGACCUUCUCAAACGGCACUUUAUCUUCGUCGUCUUCGUCAUGCGGUCGACCGAUUCACGCGUCGGCGGCAGUGGACGUUGCGCGGGAGCUCGCCUGUCAUGCGUCCGUCGUGCACGACACGAUUGGUUUCCUCACGCAGCGGUUCCAGGAAGGUACCUCGAACUCCCACGGUGUCGGUGCGCUGCUCGUCGGUGUCCCCGGCGUCGGCAAGUCGCACUUUUUGCGGCUCCUCGCGGGUUCGAUUCCCAAUUUGCGCUUCCAUUUUGUCUCGUCGCCCGAUGUGUUUCAGACCAACGCCGGCGCGUCCGAACACAAGAUUCUCGACAUCUUCCACGAGGCGUCGCGGGCACCAUGGACCGUCGUCGUCCUCGAAGACGUCGAUGCGAUCGCAGCUAGUUCCGAGACGGCGCUCGACAAGUCGGUGCUUGCGACGCUCCUCGCGGUACUUCGGACUCUUCCUCGCCACGUCGCUGUCCUCGCAACGACAAACCGCAGAGAUGUGCUGGACCCUGCGCUCACGACCAACAAACGAUUGGAUCUGUGCCUCAGCAUGGCACCGCCGACGCUGCCCGAGCGCCACGCCGUCUUGACGACGAUAUGUCGGCACAUGGACGUGCAAAGUGACUUGCUCGAGCUCAUGGCGGCGCGGACGUCGGGCUUUGUUGGUGCUGACCUCCUCAGCCUCGUCCGCGAAGCCGCCAUGGCGUCCGUGGUGAACGGCGCCCCGGGCCGCCUGGAGGCUCACCACAUUGAGGCUGGGCUUCGCGUCGUGCGCCCGUCGGUGCUCCAAGGCCAAAAGACCGCCACCUCGCUUCUUGUGCCCAUGUUUGGCGUGGCUGACGCGCUCCAGACACUCGAUGUCGCGGUCGUCGGGCCGCUGCGCGACUCGUCGGCGUACCGGCGAAUGGGCAUCCCGCCGCCCCGGGGUGUCCUCCUCACGGGCCCGUCGGGGAGCGGCAAGAGCCACGCGCUCGCGUAUGUGUCGGCGACGGUCGGUGCCCACGCGACCGUCGUACCCGUCAUGUGCACCGACUUGGUCACGAAAGUUGUCGGUGGCACGGAACAGGCGCUCUCGGCGCUCUUUGCCACCGCGCGCCUCGCUGCGCCCUGCGUCCUCCUCUUUGAUCAGAUUGAGAGUUUGGCGCCGGUCCGCGGUUUUGACACGAGCUCCGAGCAGACAUUCGACCGCGUCCUCUCCAUGUUGCUCUUGGAAAUGGACGGCGUCGGCUCGUCGUCGUCGGCGUCAGCCAUGCGCACGAUGACGCACGAGGCGUUCCUGCGUCAGCACGUGGUGCUCGUGGCGACGACGACGCACGCCAGCCAGCUCGACCCUGCGAUCUUGCGCCCCGGGCGCUUUGACCUUGAGAUUGGGCUCACGUUUCCAGACGCAGACGCGCGCGCCGAGGUCAUCACCCACUUGCUGGCGCAGACACCCGUCGCGAUCCAAGACCGCUUUGCAACCGCCGACGCCUUUACGCAGUGGCUCGUCGCGGCGACCGAAGGCGCGUCCGUGGGCCAGCUCAAUGCAGUGUUCCAAGAAGCCGCGCUGGCUUGUCUGCGCAGCGACAUCCAUGCGACCAAGGUCACCUUGGAGCUCUUGGAAGAGGCCCUGCAGCAGGAGAUUGGCAAGGCGCGGCCCGCCAAUGCACUGGAGAUCGAUGCGAGUGAAGACGAAGACGAGUAAAAGCAUGGGUCAACUAGUAAUAGCAUUUGAUCUCUACAUGGGAUGGCUCAGCUUCGCC